GGAGGCGGCCUCUGAGAGCGGCCCGAUCUUCUGGGCCCAAGGCUCGCAGGCCCCAGCCCAUGGGCCCCGCCGCCUCGCGGCUCCCGGUACGCUAGGCUGCCGCCCAGCUCGGCGUGCAGCCCGCCGGCCUCAGGGAGUCCCGGCGCCGUCCGGCGGGGCGGGGCGGGGCGGCGCGGCGCGGGCCGCCACCAUGGAGCCGCAGCGCAGGGAGCUGCUCGCUCAGUGUCAGCAGAGCCUGGCCCAGGCCAUGACCGAGGUGGAGACCGUGCUCGGGCUGCUGGAGGCCGCCGGGGCGCUGAGCCCGGGCGAGCGGCGGCAGCUGGACGAGGAGGCUGGAGGCGCCAAGGCGGAGCUCUUGCUCCAGCUGCUCCUGGCCAAGGAGCAGGAUCACUUCCAGGACCUGCGUGCCGCGCUGGAGAAGACGCAGCCUCACCUGCUGCCCAUUCUCUACCUGAACGGCGUCGUCGGGCCGCCGCAGUCCGCAGAGGGCGCGGGCUCCACCUACAGUGUCCUGUCCAUCAUGCCCUCAGACUCGGAGAGCAGCAGCUCCCUCAGCAGUGUGGGGACCACUGGGAAGGCGCCGUCCCCGCCACCUCUCCUUACUGAGCAGCAGAUCAGCGACAAGGUGGAGAACCUCUCCAUUCAGCUACGGCUAAUGACCCGAGAGAGGAACGAGCUACGCAAGCGCCUGGCCUUCGCCACGCAUGGAGCCACCUUUGACAAGAGGCCCUACCACAGGCUGAAUCCUGAUUAUGAGAGGCUUAAGAUCCAGUGUGUGCGGGCCAUGUCGGACCUGCAGAGUUUACAGAACCAGCACACCAACGCCUUGAAGAGGUGCGAGGAGGUGGCCAAGGAGACAGACUUCUAUCACACCCUCCACAGCCGGCUCCUGAGUGACCAGACUCAGCUGAAGGAUGACGUGGACAUGCUGAGACGGGAGAAUGGGAAGCUGCUGCGUGAGCGGAACCUCCUGCAGCAGUCCUGGGAGGACAUGAAGCGACUCAGGGAGGAGGACCAGAAGGAGAUAGGCGAUCUCCGGGCCCAGCAGCAGCAGGUGCUGAAGCACAAUGGCUCCUCAGAGAUCCUCAACAAGCUGUAUGACACAGCCAUGGACAAGCUGGAAGUGGUCAAGAAGGACUAUGAUGCCCUGAGGAAGAGGUACAGCGAGAAGGUCGCCAUGCACAACUCAGACCUGAGCCGCUUGGAGCAGCUUGGGGAGGAGAACCAGCGCCUGCAAAAGCAGACGGAGAUGUUGACCCAACAGAGGGACACAGCCAUCCAGUUGCAGCAUCAGUGCGCCCUCUCUCUGAGGAGGUUUGAGACAAUCCACCACGAGUUGAGCAAAGCCACAGCUCAGAACAAGGACCUUCAAUGGGAGAUGGAGUUGCUGCAGUCUGAGCUGACAGAGCUGAGGAGCAAGCAGGUGAAAACCGCCAAGGAAUCUGAGAAAUACAAGGAGGAGCGUGACGCUGUGUACAGCGAGUACAAGCUCAUCAUGAGUGAGCGCGACCAGGUCAUCUCCGAGCUGGACAAGCUACAGACAGAGGUGGAGCUGGCGGAAUCCAAACUCAAGAGCAGCACAUCUGAGAAGAAGGCAGCCAGCGAGGAAAUGGAGGCCCUGCGGCAGAUCAAAGACACAGUGACCAUGGAUGCUGGGAGAGCCAACAAAGAGGUGGAAAUCCUCCGAAAGCAGUGCAAGGCGUUGUGCCAGGAGCUGAAGGAAGCCCUCCAGGAAGCAGAUGUGGCCAAGUGCCGGCGGGACUGGGCCUUUCAGGAGCGGGACAAGAUUGUGGCAGAGCGUGACAGCAUCCGGACUCUGUGUGACAAUCUGAGGCGGGAGCGGGAUCGGGCUGUGAGUGAACUGGCUGAAGCCCUUCGUAGCCUGGACGACACCCGGAAGCAGAAGAAUGAUGUCAGCCGUGAACUUAAGGAGCUCAAGAUGAUGUCAUGUGGUGGAGGACAGCUGUUCACUUACUGGAGUCCUGGAAACAGAAAAGGGACUUCAAGAGGAGCGGGGACAUGGGAGCAGAUGGAAUGCCAGCUGGAGAAGGAGGCCCGGUUCCGGCAGCUGAUGGCCCACAGUUCCCACGACUCAGCCAUUGACACAGAUUCCAUGGAGUGGGAGACAGAAGUUGUGGAGUUUGAGAGAGAGACGGAUAUAGACUUGAAAGCGCUUGGGUUUGACAUGGCAGAAGGUGUGAAUGAGCCUUGUUUUCCUGGGGACUGUGGCAUAUUUGUUACCAAAGUGGACAAAGGAAGUAUUGCUGAUGGUCGCUUAAGGGUCAACGACUGGCUGCUGAGAAUCAACGAUGUGGACCUCAUCAACAAGGACAAGAAGCAGGCCAUCAAGGCGCUUCUCAAUGGAGACGGAGCCAUCAACAUGGUCGUGAGGCGGAGGAAGUCCUUGGGUGGAAAGGUCGUUACCCCUCUGCACAUCAACCUUAGCGGACAGAAAGAUAGUGGCAUCAGUUUGGAAAACGGAGUGUAUGCUGCUGCUGUGGUACCUGGAAGCCCGGCCGCCAAAGAGGGGUCUCUCGCCGUGGGAGACAGGAUUGUUGCGAUCAAUGGUAUUGCACUGGACAAUAAAUCUCUGAAUGAAUGUGAAUCUCUGCUGCGAAACUGUCAAGACUCCUUGACCCUCUCCCUCCUGAAGGUGUUUCCCCAGAGCUCCUCGUGGAGUGGCCAGAACAUCUUUGAAAAUAUCAAGGACUCAGAUAAGAUGCUGAGUUGUCGAGCGCACGGCCCAGAGGUCCAGGCACAUAACAAACGGAACUUGUUGCAGCACAAUAACUCCACACAGACAGAUAUCUUCUAUGCAGAUCAACUGGAGGACAGGAAGGAGCUGGGCCCCCCUGGAGGCAGCAGUUCAUUUCUGCACAAGCCGUUCCCCAGAGCCGCCUCUCCAGCCUCUCCCCGGGCCUGUCCCAGCACCUCAGAGCGUAGUCUGAACUCAUUCCGUUCUGAUGCCUCUGCUGAACGUGGCUAUGGGCUGGUGGACGUGCAGAGCCAGCAGCCUCUGCUGUCUUUCGAGACUGGGGUGGGCCCCUGUGGGACAGUAGAGGCUCCACUGGACAAGGUAGAUCCUGAUGGCUCCAGCAGUGGUGGGACCUGGCCCAAGGCUGUGCUUGGUUCCACAUCAGUGCCUGAGAAGCUUUCUGUCUACAAGAAACCCAAACAAAGGAAGUCCAUCUUUGACCCAAAUACUUUCAAGCGCCCACAGACACCCCCUAAAAUAGACUACCUGCUUCCAGUCCCUGGGCUUGCUCACUCCCCGCAGCCCUCCAAUAGGGUAGGGUCUCUGACACCCCCGAAGCCCCCCAGGAGAAGUGACUCUAUCAAGUUUCAACACAGGCUGGACACCAGUUCUGAGUCAGAAGCCACUUUGGUGGGCAGCUCACCUUCCACCAGCCCUCCAAGUGCCCCACCCCCCAGCAUGGACCCCGGGGAGCCCAUGCAUGCUUCACCCACACGCAAGGCAAGGGUCCACAUCGCCUCCAGCUACCACUCUGAAGGGGAUGGAGAAACCUCCUACCUGCCUGCCAAGAAGUCCUGUGAUGAGGACCUCACCUCCCAGAAAGCGGACGAGCUAGGGCCGAAGCGGCGCCGGCCGAAGUCUGCCCCUAGUUUUCGGCCCAAGAUUGCUCCAGUAGUGAUCCCUACUCAGUGCAUGGAGGAACAGGACUGUGUUCCAACCAGUGGAGAACUCUCUGCAGAGGUCCAGGAAUGGUCCCCGUACUCACCAGGGCAUGCUAGCCGCCAUGGCAACCCCCCACUCUACCCCAGCCGGCCAUCUGUGGGCACUGUUCCCCGGAGUAUGACUCCCAGCACCACUGUGAGCUCCAUUCUGCGGAACCCCAUCUACACUGUGCGCAGCCACAGGGUGGUUCCCUGUGGCUCUCCACCCGUGUCCCGUGAUGCUGGCCCCCAGGGCCUGUCUCCCAGUGUCCAGCACCAGGGACGCCUCAGCCUGGACCUGAGUCACAGGGCCUGCAGUGACUAUUCUGAGAUGAGAACCUCCCAGGGUUCCAACUCUCUGCCCUCCAGUGCUCGUCUUGGGUCUUCCAGUAACCUGCAGUUCAAGGCAGAGCGGAUUAAGAUCCCAUUAACACCGAGAUAUCCCCGGUCUGUCAUGGGCUCUGACAGAGGUUCAUUGUCACAUUCUGAAUGCAGCACUCCUCCCCGUUCCCCACUGAACAUCGAUACCCUGUCCUCCUGUAGCCAGCCUCAGACCUCAGCCUCCACAUUGCCCAGAAUUGCUGUCAACCCCACUUCCCAUGGGGAGCGGAGAAAGGACAGGCCUUACCUGGAGGAGCCACGCCAUGUGAAAGUGCAGAAGGGUUCAGAGCCUCUGGGAAUCUCCAUCGUGAGUGGAGAGAAGGGUGGUGUCUACGUCUCCAAGGUGACCACAGGGAGCAUCGCCCACCAGGCCGGCCUUGAGUAUGGGGACCAGUUACUUGAGUUCAAUGGCAUAAACCUGAGGAGUGCCACCGAGCAGCAGGCCCGGCUGAUCAUCGGACAGCAGUGCGAUACCAUCACCAUCCUGGCCCAGUACAACCCACACAUUCACCAGCUCAAUAGCCACUCCCAUUCCAGCUCCCACCUGGACCCUGCUGCCACCCCUCACUCUACUCUCCAGGGCAGCAGUGCUGUAACCCCAGAACAUCCCUCUGUCAUUGAUCCACUGAUGGAACAGGAUGAAGGCCCUGGCACCCCCCCAGCCAAGCAAAGUACCCCCAACUCCAGGAUUGUGGGAGAUAGCAGCAAGAAGAGCCCUGAACCCCGCAUUGUUUUCAUCAAGAAAUCCCAGUUGGAUCUCGGAGUGCACUUGUGUGGUGGGAACCUGCACGGGGUGUUUGUGGCCGAGGUGGAAGAUGAUAGUCCUGCCAAGGGUCCCGAUGGCCUCGUGCCAGGGGACCUCAUCCUGGAGUAUGGCAACCAGGAUGUGCGCAGCAGGACAGUGGAGGAUGUCUAUGUGGAGAUGUUGAAGCCAAAGGAUAAUAUCCGCCUGAAGGUGCAGUAUCGCCAUGAGGAAUUCUCCAGAGUCAAGGGCCUGCCUGGUGACAGCUUCUACAUCAGGGCCCUGUACGACCGUCUGGCGGAGGUGGAGCCUGAACUGAGUUUUAAGAAAGAUGACAUCCUGUAUGUGGAUGACACAUUGCCCCAGGGCAUGUUUGGGUCCUGGAUGGCUUGGCAGCUGGAUGAGAAUGCCCAGAAGAUCCAGCGUGGGCAAAUUCCCAGCAAAUAUGUGAUGGACCAAGAGUUCUCAAGGAGGCUUAGCAUGUCUGAGGUCAAAGAUGACAACACAGCAAAGACAUUGUCAGCAGCUGCACGUCGGUCCUUCUUCCGAAGGAAACACAAACACAAACGCAGUGGGUCUAAAGACGGCAAGGAUCUAUUGGCCCUGGACACCUUCUCCAGUGACUCCAUUCCACUCUUUGAAGACUCAGUGAGCCUGGCCUAUCAGCGGGUCCAGAAGGUGGACUGUACCUCUCUGCGGCCUGUCCUCAUCCUGGGGCCUUUACUGGAUGUGGUUGAAGGAGAUGCUGGUCAGUGAAGCACCUGGCAAGUUGUUCUGCAGAUGGCC